CUUCUCCGUCAAGCUGGAUGAUGAUGAAAUCCUCCUUUCAUCCACAGUCGUCGGAGGAGUGAACCCCGAUCACGGUCAUGUCAUGUCAUGUCAUGCCCCCCCCCAUCCUGCACGAUCGAUCGUACGGGACAACAACGGCAUGCGGACAUGCAGUCGGAGGAUGAACCCCCGGAGCGAAGUUCCCUCCGCAAAAGCGCGGAUGACGAACACGGAAUUCAAAGGCCACCAUCGUUCCCCCCUCCGCCCUUGCGCCGACUCUCGUCCACGGCAGAUGAGUCAACACCCGCCCGGCUCGUCGACGGGCAGGCAAAACACAAACCAACCGAGUGUCUGCGAUCCAAAUCGAGGGCGAUGUUCUGUCUUUCUCUCUCUCUCUCCCUCCAGCAGUGCGCCUUUCCGGCCGUCUCAUCGAGGAAGGAACAUCGUGUCGGGGGAGGGUGCGUUUUCCGUCUCCGGCAUCUGGCGGGAGGGAAGUUCUGGGGGGGGGGUUCUGAAAUCAACCAUCAUCACGACGACGACUUCAUUCGAGAGAGAAAUCAGAUUCUACAUCGAGAUGUGGCGGAGCGCCGGAGGGGCAGGGAGGAACAAUCCCCUUCCAGGCGGAGCAAUCGCAUCGAGGGCGUUUCGUCUCUCAUUGAAAAGGAGGAAAGACACCACCCUCCCCCGGGAGAUUCUUCACGCUGUGAUCAGAAGAUGCAAAAAAAACAAACAUACAUAAAAACGACGCGUGAGCUCAAUAUCUCUAUCGCCAUGUACGUAGGUUGACACUUCAUGUGCAGCGUUGAUACCUUGCAUCGUCAUCAUCGUCGUCGUCAUCGUCG